CUGCGGGAGAAGGGAGGGACCAGAGGAGAGAGGAGAGAGGGCUCCAGACCCAGUUCGCCGACUAAGCAGAAGAAAGAUCAAAAAACCGAAAAGAGGCGAAGAGUCAGCAGGCACUUUCAAGAACAAUCCCGUCAACUGCAAACCGACAGCGCUCUAGGAAUCCAAAGUCAGUGCCUACCGAAGACAAAGGCGCCCCAAGGGAGUGGCAGCGCGACCCCAGGGCGUGGGCCCCGCCGCGGAGCCCAAACCGCCCGGCUGCCCCGACGGUCUCCGAUCAUGUCUCCCGCCCCACGGCCCUCCCGCAGUCUCCUGCUCCCCCUGCUCACGCUCGGCACCGCGCUCGCCUCCCUCGGCUCGGCCCAAAGCAGCAGCUUCAGCCCCGAAGCCUGGCUACAGCAGUAUGGCUACCUGCCUCCCGGGGACCUCCGUACCCACACACAGCGCUCACCCCAGUCACUCUCAGCUGCCAUCGCUGCCAUGCAGAGGUUCUACGGUUUGCAAGUGACAGGCAAGGCUGACGCAGACACCAUGAAGGCCAUGAGACGCCCCCGAUGUGGCGUUCCAGACAAGUUCGGGGCUGAGAUCAAGGCCAAUGUUCGAAGGAAGCGCUAUGCCAUCCAGGGCCUCAAAUGGCAGCAUAACGAGAUCACUUUCUGCAUCCAGAAUUACACCCCCAAGGUGGGCGAGUAUGCCACAUACGAGGCCAUUCGCAAGGCAUUCCGCGUGUGGGAGAGUGCCACACCACUGCGCUUCCGCGAAGUACCCUAUGCCUACAUCCGCGAGGGCCAUGAGAAGCAGGCCGACAUCAUGAUCUUCUUUGCCGAGGGCUUCCAUGGCGACAGCACGCCCUUCGAUGGCGAGGGUGGCUUCCUGGCCCACGCCUACUUCCCGGGCCCCAACAUUGGAGGGGACACCCACUUUGACUCUGCUGAGCCCUGGACUGUCCGGAAUGAGGAUCUGAAUGGGAAUGACAUCUUUCUGGUGGCUGUGCAUGAACUGGGCCAUGCCCUGGGCCUCGAGCAUUCCAAUGAUCCCUCGGCCAUCAUGGCACCCUUUUACCAGUGGAUGGACACCGAGAACUUCGUGUUGCCUGAUGACGACCGCCGGGGCAUCCAGCAACUUUAUGGGAGUGAGUCAGGACUUCCCACCAAGAUGCCCCCUCAACCCAGGACUACCUCCCGACCCUCUGUCCCUGAUAAGCCCAAAAACCCCACCUACGGGCCCAACAUCUGUGAUGGGAACUUUGACACCGUGGCUGUACUUCGAGGGGAGAUGUUUGUCUUCAAGGAGCGCUGGUUCUGGCGAGUGAGGCAUAAUCAAGUGAUGGAUGGAUACCCAAUGCCCAUUGGCCAAUUUUGGCGGGGCCUCCCUGCAUCCAUCAACACUGCCUACGAGAGGAAGGAUGGCAAAUUUGUCUUUUUCAAAGGAGACAAGCACUGGGUGUUUGAUGAGGCAUCCCUGGAACCUGGCUACCCCAAGCACAUUAAGGAGCUGGGUCGAGGACUGCCUACUGACAAAAUUGAUGCCGCUCUCUUCUGGAUGCCCAGUGGAAAGACCUACUUCUUCCGGGGAAAUAAGUACUACCGUUUCAAUGAGGAGCUCAGGAUAGUGGACAGCGAGUACCCCAAAAACAUCAAAGUCUGGGAAGGAAUCCCCGACUCUCCCAGAGGGUCAUUCAUGGGCAGCGACGAAGUCUUCACUUACUUCUACAAGGGGAACAAAUACUGGAAAUUCAACAACCAGAAGCUGAAGGUCGAGCCCGGCUACCCCAAGUCAGCCCUGCGGGACUGGAUGGGCUGCCCGUCCGGGGGCCGGCCGGAUGAGGGGACUGAGGAGGAGACAGAGGUGAUCAUCAUCGAAGUGGACGAGGAGGGCAGCAGGGCCGUGAGCGCGGCCGCCGUGGUGCUGCCGGUGCUGCUGCUGCUCCUGGUGCUGGCAGUGGGCCUCGCGGUCUUCUUCUUCAGGCGCCACGGGACGCCCAAGCGACUGCUUUACUGCCAGCGUUCCCUGCUGGACAAGGUCUGACCCCCACCGCCGGCCCGCCCACUCCUACCACGAGAACUUUGCCUCUGAAGGCCAGUGGCAGCAGGCGGUGGUGGGUGGGCUGCUCCCACCGUCCCAGCCCCCUCCCGCCAGUCUCCCUUCUUCUCUCUGUCCCCCAGCUGGCCUCUCCCACCCUUACCCCUGGCAUUGUGUCUUCCCUAGAUGAGUCCCUCGAGGGCUGAGCAGGAGGGUAGACCCUUCCAGCCUCUGCUCCUCGGAGAACCCCGUAGCCUGGUGUGUGUCCAGCCCCAUCUGAAUGUCUUGGGAGCUCUGCGCUUGCAGGCAGGACCCUCAGACCUCACUGGUAAAGAUCAAAUGGGGUCAUCUGCUCCUUUUCCAUCCCUGACAUACCUUAAACCUCUGAACUCUGACCUCAGGAGGCUCUGGGCACUCCAGCCCCGAAAGCCCCAGGUGGACCCAAUUGGCAGCCUCUCACGACUCUUUCUGGCUAAAAGGAAUCUAAUCUUGUUGGAGGGCGGAGACCCUGCAGAGCAUGACGUGGUAGGGAAUGACCAUCCACCUUAAGACCUUGGGAGGAAAACUCAGAGAGGGUCUUCGUUGCUUGGUCAGUCAAGUUCCUCAAAGAUCUGCUUCUGCCCCACCUACCCCAAGACCCUCCAAGGAAGGAGCCUGAGCCAUUAAGGACUAAACCGGGGCUGAAGAAACCCUUUGCAGCCCUGCCCCCUCGAAUGUCAGUCAGGGGCUUUCAUGGUUGGAAGAGCUGAAACCAGGAGUUGCGGCUACCAGGGUGAGGCGGGACCCAGGGGAGAGGCCCAGGUCUGAGCCCUGGGCGAGCCUGAAGGCCACAAAGAACUCUGCUCAGAUGCGGGCAGCUGGGGCUGGACCUGAGGGCAGAGCAGCCAGAGGGGACAGGAUGCGACCGAAAGGGGAAAUGAGGAAAUGCAGCAGCAGCAUUGGGUGGCCGGGGGCCAAGCAGGGCAGGCCAGGCCAAGCCAAGCAGGGUUGCCACAGAGUGGGCUGUGGUGUCCAGGAGAGGGCGAGUUGUUUGGAGCUCUCAGGAAGGGCCCUAAGGAAGGCACCCUUGCUCCUCUUGGUUCUGGUCCUCACUGACCUGGCAGCAUGGAGAGGAAGGGUAGGCAGCCCAGAGAAAGGAGCAGAGAGGGCACACAUACAGGGACUGGGGACUCGGGCCCUUCGUGAGAGAGACCCCUCAGAGGCCUGGCAGCUCCCAGCCUCAGCCUGCCUCACCACCUCACGAGAGACAGGAGCUAGGUCUCUGGUUAGGCUGGGCCCGGAUUCCAGGGUGCCUGCACCCCUCAGCCUGUCUUACUGGGGGCCUUGCCCUCCCGCUCCCCUGCCCAGCCCACCCUUUUGAAGUCUCCUUAGGCCUCCAAAGGUGGUGGUCAUGGUACCGGGGACUUGGGAGAGUGAGACCCUGUGGAGGAAGGAGAGGAGAGGGAUGUCGGGGGGAGGGUGGGAUAUGGGGGUAGGGGAAAUGGGGUGAACGGUGCUGGCAGUUCGGCUAAAUUUCUGUCUUGUUUGUUUUUUUUGUUUUGUUUAAUGUAUAUUUUUAUUAUAAUUAUUAUAUAUGAAUUCCAUUCAGAUCGUUCCUUUGUGUUAACAAGGGGCAAAGGGCGGGGUGGGGGCGGGGGGCAGAGGCAUCUGACCCCAGGAACCUGCAGGGCGGGGCUGGGUCGGUGCCCUCUAAGGACAUCUUUGACCUUGUUCAACCUUUCCACAAAGAAUAAACUGUGUUUCACAUUC